CCACAUGCCGAAGGAGCAGAAAUAAAAAGGGGUCGUUGGCGGAGAAAAGGAUUCUGCAAUUUCCACUUUCUAACCUCGUCACUUUCUUCGUCUUGCAUUGAACGAGAGCGUGACCGCUACAUUCUUAGGUCGCCUUCUGCUUUCAAAGCCUUGAGCUUGCGGGCUGCGGCUACAUUAUUUUUACACCAGAAAACCAUCCUGACUUGUCUCUAUCUCGCCCGAGAUGGAGCUGGCUUUGAGCUUGGGAGACGCACCAAAGGGCUUCCCUAUACUGGACAAGGCCCCGAGAAUGCCUAACAAGGAAGCUGGUUUCAGCAUGUCACUUGGCCAAGUUCUCGCCGACAAUACCUCCGAGGAAGUCCAAGAUGAGAGAAGAGCAUCCUCAGAUCCGCCUCUUCAGCUCGACCUUCUUCCUUUCACUCCCGUUCCCCGGCCCCUCCCUCCUUCCCAUCUUCGGAUUCCUUGGCUCUCCGAUUCUCUGGGAUCCCAACGUUUCUCGCCGGAUGGAGGAGCGAAGGCCCUGGACGUCAAUCGUUUACCUGCUGCGGUAGCGGAGGAGGCGGACGACGGUACUCCACUGUCGUCGUCUCCUAACAGCGUUUCGUCAUUUCACAUGGACUUCUACACAAGGAAUGGUAAUGCUGGCAGUAAAAACAAGAGAGAGCACGAGGGCGAGGGUGAGAGAACCAGCUCUAGGGCCAGUGACGAUGAUGAAAACGGGUCGACUCGCAAGAAACUCAGGCUCUCCAAGGAACAAUCCGCUUUUCUUGAAGAGAGUUUCAAAGAACACACUACACUUAAUCCUAAGCAGAAACUUGUUCUGGCAAAACAAUUAAACCUUCGUCCCCGACAAGUAGAAGUUUGGUUUCAGAACAGGAGGGCAAGGACAAAGUUGAAGCAGACGGAAGUAGAUUGCGAGUAUCUAAAGAGAUGCUGUGAGACGUUGACGGAAGAGAAUAGGAGGUUGCAGAAGGAACUGCAGGAGCUGAGGGCUUUAAAGACGUCCCAGCCAUUUUACAUGCAGCUUCCAGCUACGACUCUAACAAUGUGUCCCUCCUGCGAAAGGGUGGCCACCAACUCAUCAUCGUCUGCGUCCGCAUUAACCUCCGUCACGGCCCCCAGUAACGCCUCUCAAGCCUCGCAACUCUUGUCUUACCAACCCCAGAACUGUGACUCCUUCCUCAUGAUCGCAUUGUGAUUCUCCCUUUCUCUUUUUGUCUCGCAUAUUUCUUUAUCAUAUUAUAGUGGAAGGAAGAAGACAAUGCGUUCCCCUCGCCAUCUCUUCCAUCUGUAUAGUUUUGCCUUUUCUUUUUGUGGGGUUUCUGGUUCGAGGAUCUUUUUGUUUUUUGUGGAUCAAAAUGACAAAAUACAAAUGGCUUUUAUCUUG